ACUCUCCUGCGCCCGGCCCCGCAGCUGCCCGGACGGACGCUGGGCGCGGUCGCUUGGGGCCAGGGGGACGCUGCGCGCGCGGCGGGGCCAUGGCCAGCGGGAAGGUUCUCUACCCCCUGUACCAGCUGGGAAACCCCCAGCUGAGGAUUUUCCGACCUAACUUCUUCAUGACACUGGUGAGGCCUGGUGUGACACAGCCAGAAGACACUGUACAGUUCCGUAUCUCCAUGCAGAUGACGAGAGUGGAUGUUAAGAAUUACCUUGAAAAAAUAUACAACGUGCCAGUGUCUGUUGUGAGGACCAGAAUACAGUAUGGUGCAAACAAUAAAAGGAACCACAAGAACCAGAAAGUGAAGAAGCCAGAUUACAAGGUUGCGUACGUACAGCUGGGUCAGGGACAAACCUUUCAGUUCCCAAACCUAUUUCCAGAGAAAGAAGAAACCCCAGAACCUGGCUCUGUCGAAGACAUCCAGAAGGAAUUUAUGGAGAACGAGAGACAGAGGCAGGCAGCUGACCCCAGGCGAGGAGGAGUCACCGACUGGUUUGGACUUUGAUGGAACAAGGCAGCUGCCUUUCUUUAUGCCUCUCUGAUGGAUUUGAAUCAGCGGAACCUGCGUCUUUCUCUCCCUAUGACAUAGGGUUUAUUUUCGAGCAGCCUAUCUGUGCAUAACUAUGACAAAAUGACACAAAAGAGAAAUAAAAAUAAAAAGACAGCA